CAUACAUUUAUUCAUAUAUAUGCACAUUUUUAGAAGCAUGUUAAAGUAUACAUCAAUUGCAUUCUUCUUCGCUUAUGUGGCGUUUGCUGCUGCAUUUGAAGAAACAUCUCUUCGUGAAAUUUUAGUAGAGGAAAAUGUGGUAGAAUUUACUAAAGAAGAAAUACCACUGGUUAAUGAUGAAAAGCAAAACACAAAAAGAUACGAACCAACGUGGAAGUCAAUAGACUCACGUCCACUACCGAGCUGGUUUGAUGAAGCAAAGUUUGGCAUUUUUAUUCACUGGGGUGUUUUCUCUGUUCCAAGUUUUGGCAAUGAGUGGUUUUGGUGGAAUUGGAAAGGAACAAAAAAUGCAGCAAUCGUUAAUUUCAUGAAACGAAACUACCCCCCAGAUUUUACAUACCCAGAUUUUGCGAAAGAAUUUACAGCUGAGUUGUUCCAACCUAAUGAAUGGGCAGAUUUGUUUAAAGAUUCUGGGGCCCAGUACAUUGUCCUUACCAGCAAGCACCAUGAAGGCUACACCAACUGGCCUUCUAAUGUUUCAUGGAAUUGGAACUCAAUGGAUGUCGGCCCACAUCGUGAUUUAGUUGGUGACCUGGCAUCCUCCAUAAGAAAUCGCACAAAUCUAAAGUUUGGGGUUUACCAUUCGUUGUUUGAGUGGUUUCACCCACUCUAUAUACAGGACAAAGCUGGCCAUUUCAAAAGUCAAAGUUUCGUCGCAAGGAAGUCGAUGCCUGAGUUGUACGAGCUUGUUAAUAAAUACAAGCCUGACAUCGUGUGGUCCGAUGGUGACUUUGCGCCCGAUGUUUAUUGGAAUUCGACCGAAUUUUUAGCUUGGUUGUAUAAUGAUAGUCCUGUAAAGGACCACGUGGUUACCAACGACAGAUGGGGAACUGGCAUCCGUUGUCAUCAUGGAGGAUUCUACUCUUGUUCCGAUAAAUAUAACCCUGGUGUUUUACAACAUCAUAAAUGGGAGAACUGCAUGACAAUUGAUCGUCAUUCAUGGGGAUAUAGAAGAAAUGCUAACAUACAGGAUUACUUAACUAUACAUGAUAUUAUUUCAACAUUUGCUUCGACUAUUAGUUGUGGUGGGAACAUGCUUAUGAAUGUAGGGCCAACCAAGGCUGGUAUGAUUUCCCCUGUGUUUCAAGAUAGACUGAGGGAGUUUGGAAGUUGGCUCAAAGUGAACGGUGAAGCUGUUUAUUCAAGCAAACCUUGGUCGUCACAGAAUGAUUCGGUUACCCCAAAUAUUUGGUACACUGAAAAAUCUGGGGCAGUUUACGCCUUUAUGCUAUCAUGGCCUAAGGAUAAUGCAUUAGUUCUAGGAACCCCUGUUGUCACUGAGUAUUCUAAAGUUUCCAUGCUUGGUUGGACAGGACCCACUAUAACAUGGCGUCAGUCAUCUGUGGUGUCUAAUAAAGGCAUAGUUGUUAACCUACCAGUUGUUCCUGUAUCUCAGCUACCAUGCGAAUGGGCAUGGGUGAUAAAACUUGAAUAUUUUGACUAGUAAUAUAUAUAUAGUAGGAUGGGACACCUUUUCAUUCUAUUUUUUAAUACCAUUUGGUAGUAAACAAAGAACUUUUAAAGAAUUAUGAAACCGUAUCCUUUUCACUUCCAUACACCGUUGUUAAUUGUUUAAAACACGAUCAGGAUAUUAUGUGCCCACCCUACUAUAUAUUACACUCGUUUCCUAAAACAGCUUCCUUGGCAUUUAUUUGCUUACUCAUAUAUCAACGUCUUAUACAGAUCGUCUUUAUCAGGGCGAAAAUUUUGUGCUUUUGAGUCUCAUUCACCUUAAUGUAGACAACCUGUUUUAGAACUUUAAAACCAUUGUAUGCAAAGAAUGCCAGAGGGGGUAUAGAAAACCAAUGUAAUAAACCGCAGUACGUUUGAGUAUGUUACAAACAUUACAAUCAUCAUUUUUAAUAAAUAGCAGUUGCACAUCGUAUUAUUCCCAAUUUAUCAUUUCAUUUGCAGAAUUUUUUUUGCGUUCUAUAUUGACCAUGUUUUGUAAUUACUAAGCAUAUGCAGAUCCUAAAUACACAUUGCUGUAAAACUCUCUCA